AUGGAGAGACGACCAGUGACCAGUGAUAUUCAUCCUGGACACACGUGCUCUUUGGCUUCAGUCACUGAGAUAUCAUCUACUAUAUUAUCCUCAUCUCUUGUAUCUACAGUUGUUGUUUCCUCUUCUUCUCUGACCAUGUCUGAAAAUUUCCAAAAUCCAUCUUUACUUGGAACUUCACAUUCUCUGAAGUUCCCUGUUCCUGUGGUGAGCCAUGCAGCUUCUUCCUUAACAGGAAGAGUCUGCGAUUUCUCCAGAGUCUCUGCUCCCACUGCCAGUUCAACAUGGCUGCCGCCAUCAGCCUCUGGCACCUCUUUCCAGCCACUCAUGGGGACUGCCUACCUUUACCAACAUUCCAGCACAACUGUGUUGUCUGCAGUUACCAGCCAGCGCCAGAUCUCCACUUCAGUUGGAGACUUCACUAUGACUGCCACUAACCAGAACAGAGCCAUGUGCACGGCAACGCAGUAUGCUCAGACUUUGUAUGCCAAUUACAUGGUCCCUGUGUAUCCAUCACUUUCUGGCAGGCUUGUUCAGGGAACACCAUCCCAGAUGCUAAAUCAGGGACAUAGCCUGUCACAUCUGUACCAGCAAGGGAGCCAGAUAUAUUAUUACAAUCAAGGCACAAUGGGGACUCUGCGAUCUGGAGAACUUGUCCCCUGCUGGCAAUCCUAUGGCUCUGUGACAAAUACAGGAAGUAGGGCCUCUGCCCCUCAACCAGAAAUGACGGUACUACAGGAGAUUCAGCCCGCAGGUACCCAACCACCAGUCUCCACAUCUGGAAUCUACUACUACGUGUCUGCUCAAACCAUCACAGAAACACGUUUUCAAGGUGAGUGCAAACAGCAAGUAUGGAGAGGAAUAAGGUCAGCAUUCAAAAGAAAGGUCAAAUAGGUAGAGUUCAAGUCCUGAGACUUUAAUAACCACCACUCUCUCUCAGUGCUCUUCAUUUUCAGACCUAAUGGAGGUGGGAAGGCAGGACACUGUAACAGCCAUCUAUGCCACAUGUACAUAGAGCGUGCCAAGGGAUACCAUGCUUUUCACGGCCCUAGCUCAUCAGUCCCCCUGCACACUCCCACAUGGCAAGGAACUCCCGUUUCCUGAUCUAGUCCUGAUUUUUGGAAGGCAUUUCACUUAUUGUGCUAGCACCAGUUUAACUUUCCCUCACUUUCUUAACUGACACCAGGAUUUAAUACCUUUUGUUCUGGGAUCUUGUCCAAAACAAGCAGGCUAUGAAUCUGUCCUUGCUUAUGUAUUU